GUGAGCAAAAGUGCAUCCAGACGAUAUCCCAUGCUCAAAUACAUAUCUCUUUCAUCCUCCUUCUUCUAUCAUGUCCACCCUCCUUUGUCCAAUCCUCGUUGCCCUUUUCCGGCCUCGUCUCUGCUCGGUCCUCGACGCGUCGACGACCAAUAUAUUCGACCGUUCCAUCCUGACUAUUCCCCUCUCCCCCUUUUGAAGCCUAUCCCAUGGCCUCUACCAAUCCCAACGCAACAUCAGGCCCCGGUGGCUAUGGUGGCGCUAGCGGCUACGAGCCCGCCAAAAAGAAGCGCAACAAGUGGCUCUGGAUCGGUCUCCCUAUUCUCAUCAUCGCCAUCAUCAUCGCUGCUGUCCUUGGUGGUGUCCUCGGGUCAAGAUCAAGCUCAAGCGACGACUCUUCCUCCUCUGGUUCUGCUUCGACUGGCUCCUCCAACGCAAACACUGGUCUGCCAAGUGGCGUGACGAGCGCAAACACUGCUACCAAUACUGGUGCCAACGGCGAGGCCUACCUUGCCGUUGCUACCAACAGCGAAUACAUGCUGCCCGUUUAUGCCACCGGCACCAACACUGCUGGCUACUCUGCCCCUACUACCGUCUCUGAUGCCGCGUCCACCGACUCUUGGCCCGAUGACCCCGACACUGUCUCCAACUCUAGUAUCCGAGCCAACCCCCGUCUCGCACCUGCUUACAAGUGGGAGGCCCUCACCAGCGGCGGUCUCAUCGAGAACAACCCUUACUUCAAGUACUGGAACGCUACCAUCGUUCAGAACGCCAGUGACACUCUCGGCGACGACCCUACCCCCUAUGACACUGAUGGUGGUCUUGCUGGCUCUGGUGUCCUUGAUGUCGCCCGAGCAAUCAAGCUCAAGGUCAAGAACUGGGCCUACGCCUACAAGGUCACCAACGAAACCAAGUAUGCCGACCGAGUCUGGCUCGAGUUGCAGACCGCUGCUGGUAACGGCUCUGUCUCUUUCGGUAACGAGACCACUCGAUGGAACAUGCAGAACCACGCUCUCGACGCUGGCGAGUUCUGUAACGCGUUCGCUAUUGGAUAUGACUGGCUGUACGACUUCUGGACCGAUGACCAGAAGGAUAAGAUCAUGUGGUCCAUCAUUAACCUUGGUCUCUACUAUGGCCAACUCGCCUUGAACGGCUCCUCCGAGGCUUCUUCCUACAACUGGUGGGCUGGUACCGGCGUUGGCAGCUCUGCUGUCAACGGUAACUGGAACUGUGUUAUUAACGCCGGUCUUACGUCUGCCGCCAUCGCCAUCAUCGACAGAGAUCCAACGGGCAUUGCCCAGUCUGUUCUCGACCUUUCAACGGCCGAUGCCCACAACAACUGUUUCGCUGCUCCCUACUCUGAUGGUACCUGGUCCGAGACUGCCAACUACUGGUACUUUGGUACAACCGGUGCGGCCGAGAUUCUCAACGCCGUCGAGACUGCUUACGGCGAUGACCGUGGUCUCCUCGCUGCCAACUCUGAUGGUUGGAACCACACUUCCCUCUUCCACAUCUACGCCCAGGGCAUGACCUCCUUGUUCAACUAUGGUGACCACGGACCCAACAAGUACUCUUCCACUGCCAACUCUCUUCUUUACUGGGCCAACAAGUUUGACCAGCCACGAUACGCGCUCUACCAGCGAGACCACUAUGACGCCCCCGAGCCUUGGUCCAUGUUCUGGUACAACCCUGCGUUUGACGGCACUUGGUGGGACGGCCUGCCUCUCGACCGCCACUUUGACCAGUCUCAGGGUCAGUGGGCUACUGCCCGUUCCAACUGGGCCGACAAUGACGGUACCUACUGGGCCAUGAAAGCUUCCGAGCUCACCGGUCACCAGACCCACGGUGAUCUCGAUAUCGGAGACUUUGUCAUUGAUGCCAUGGGCCAGCGAUGGGCGGGUGAGCUUGGUUCUGGACAGUACCUUUCCGACGGUUACUUUAGCAGCGAGGAGCAAAACUCUGAGCGAUGGGACUACUACCGAAAGGCGACUGAGGGCCAGAACACGCUUCUCAUUAGCGAGCAGAACCAGCAAGUCAGUGCUACCCCCACCGGUAACUGGGGUUCUUCCGGAACCGCCCAGGGCCCUGCUCCCUCUUUCGAGAUCGAUAGCGAUGACACUGCCUACUUCUGGACCGACAUGUCCUCUGCUUACAACUACACCGUCAAGCGAGGUAUCCGAUUCGUCAACGCCCGAAAGCAGAUCCUCCUCCAGGACGACGUCGAGUCUGUGCCCAACCUCCAGUGGAGGAUGCACACUAACGCCACCGUCUCUGUCUCCGACGCUACUGCCACUCUUGUCCUCGACUCUGAGACUCUUGUUGCCUCUAUCGUCCAGGGCCCUUCUGGCGCUGCUUUCAGCACUGCCGAGCCCACUCGAGCCAGCAGCGACCCUGCUCUGCCUACUGGCACCAUGAACGCAGACCAAGAAAACACCGGAGUCACAGUGUUGACCAUUGAUGUCGAUGAUGGAGGAUCAUUCUCCUUGCAGGUCUUGUUCACUCCUCAAUGGGGAAGCAACUUUACCGCCGUCGACAGCGUUAACAAUGUGUCGCUCGAUGACUGGAGUUUGACAAGUCACUGAGCGUGAUCUGGUCGUUGGGUGUGUGAACCGAGGCGUAGAGUGGUGUAGAGUUGUGCAUGAGGAUGAUUGGCGGCGGAUGAUGAACUUGACGAACGAUUUUGCCCAUUGUGGCCCCUCUGUAUCUUACUGCACUUUUGUGCCGUCCCCCUUGUCAUGUUUGUGACGAUUGAUCUCGUAAUAACUCUCUUUUAUAUAUUUCCUUCCUUCCUCUCUCUUUCUCAUCGCAAAAGUCUCUAGUUUCUACAUGACCAUCCUACCGAUUGACGACCGUAUGAUGCGGUGCUAUCUUCACUUUCCUUUUAUACGAUAAGGUUUUGAUGCAUAUGGACUCUUGUGUUUAGCUUGAGGGCUGAGGUUACUACAGCAACUACACUAUGUACAAGGGAUCAUGCACGUAA